UUUUUUCUCCUCUAUGUUCCUUCCUCUUGGCUUAAAUGAUAUCUGCAGUAACUAGCAAGUUGAAGAGCAUCUUAGGAGCCAAUUCUUAUGCGACUGAGAGUCGUAAAAGAACUUUGGAGAGGGUGCUUUAUAUGCUUGUUGUCAGUAUAUAAAUGGCGCAGAGUUGGUGAUUAGUGUCCCGAGUGUCUGGAUUUCAGGGUUAGUGGAAUGGGUACCAGCACAAACCCUGCAAUGAGAGGAUUAAGCAGUAAUGAAGACCAAGAAUCCGGAGCCAGCAUGGAUGAGCCCGUUCGAAAGAAGAGCCGCUCAUACGAACAGGUCGAGCGUUCUGUGAAGCGAUCAGACACCUGGUAUAUAGGGAAUUUGCCAAGAAUUGUCUCAGGAAAAGCAGCAAGGGUCUACACCUGGAUCACUUCUUUUGCAACAUUUCCAGCCCCUGCAGUUGAUGAUAGCAUUGAUAAAAUGUUACCAGUGGUCAGGUACAAGCUGAAGGAAGACCGCAGGAUGGGCGGGGAGGACCUACGUUCAACAAGAGACGCCGGGAGAAAGGAGCGCAACCCCUCCGCUUCUGGCCUUUAUGCAGAGCCCAGUUCUCUGCGGGAUGAGGAGGAGAUUCAGUACCUGGGGAUGACAUCUCGCCUCGCCAACACCAGCGCACCCACCAAACGGCCUGCACUGGCACGCCGGGGGAUAGAUGUGGAGACGCCAGGUGCACCACCCACUUCCUCAGGCAUUGAUGCCAACUUCCGCUUUAGCCCAAGCGUCACAUCCACUGUGGCAAAGCAAUCCUCAGGGUCAUCUUCACUGGCAGGCCGCAACAUUCGGGAACCAACAGACUGGUUCACCAAAAACAGCAGGCUUACCUCUAUUGAUCGUAAGUCAAUAUCCAUAACUAAGAACCCAGUUAAGAACCUGCAAGAACGAUGCUUUGGGGCAAAAAAGAAGAAAACAUCAUUGAACUCCUCCUUUUUCACACGCACCAAGACUGGCCUUCCUGAUAGUUAUCGUUAUGAAGACAAAAUGAGGUACCAGCAGUUACUGCAGCAGUUCACAGACAGCCCCAUCUUACCAGAAUCUUACUCUGUGUACAAGGGAUCCUCUAGUGCUUCUGCUGCAUCUGAUAGCCGAUGUGGCAGCCCCCAAGGGUUCAUCACUCGUUCCCGCUUAAAUUCAAAUUGGACGAGUGAGAAGCGGCAGCAGCUUGAGGAAUCGGGUUCCAGUUUUUCUGCCCUAUGUUCAGCCCGCAAGCCAAGGACACAAGAAAGGAGUGAAGACAAGUCGCCCAUCAUCACGUUCAUUGAUCUGGUCAGGCCAGAGAAUGAAUAUAGUAAUCAGAGUACAAGAGAGUCAGAGAGUGACAGUGUGAUCAUCACAGGGGAAGUUAAGAAGCCACCAAGCAAGAGCAAUGCCCUUGAAGAGCAUUUGCAAGCAUCACCAGUGUACAGCUUAGACUGGCUGAAGUCAUUCCGUGAAAAAUAUGAGAUCAAAGGUAAGACACGAGAAGCAGAAGCAGAACAGGCAGUAAAGACAAAAGAAAUGUUUGAAGAAAAGAGAAAAGCUUUCCAAGCGUCCUUGGAUGAGCGUAUUGCCCGGAGGAUGAGGGAUCUGGAUCUGACCUUCCCAUCAAAGGUUGAAGAACUAGAACUUGAGGAGGAAGAGGAGGAAGAGGAAGAACUUGUUCCUCUGACUCCAGAAAUGGAGGAAGUUAUAGAUGAUGCACUAAGAGGAAGACCACCCGGAGAAGUGCUUGUUGAGAAGUUCAGCAUCCAGAUCACCCGAAAAGAUAUUGCUACUCUCUGUGGCCUCAACUGGUUGAAUGAUGAGGUCAUCAAUUUCUACAUGAACCUGUUGGUGGAACGAGGGAAAAAUGAUAAUUACCCAUCUGUAUAUGCCUUCAAUACAUUUUUCUACCCAAAAUUGGUGAAGACAGGCUAUUCAACUGUCAGAAGAUGGACCAAAAAGGUUGAUGUCUUCAGUAUGGAUCUCUUGCUUGUGCCAGUGCAUUUGGGGAUGCAUUGGUGCUUGGCCACAAUGGACUUAAGGUCAAAAUCCAUUCGCUACUAUGACUCCAUGCUGGGGGACAAUGAGAGAUGCCUAGAGGCACUCAAAAGGUACUUGGAAUCAGAGCACGAGGACAAAAAGAAGGCAAAGUAUGACACUGGUGACUGGACGCUGGAGAACAUGAAGGACAUACCACAGCAGAUGAACGGCUCAGACUGCGGGAUGUUUGCAUGCAAGUUUGCAGAGUAUUUGUCACGAGAUGCAACCAUCACAUUUGACCAGCAGCAUAUGCCCUACUUUAGGCGCAGAAUGAUCUACGAAAUUGUCAAAGCUACUCUUCUGUAAAAAAAAAAAAAAAAAAAAAAAAGGGAUCUGUCUCUUUUUCUCUUAAUAUUUACUCAUUGCUUCCUUUUCUUUUCUUAAAUAUUUAUCUC